CAAGAACACGGGAUAAUUCAGUGCCAUCUGCCGAGCAUUGGGGGAUUUUGAUUCGAUGUGAUUGAAUCGCACUCUCAGAUUCACCAAAAGCAACCACCCCCCACCCCACCCCACGCCUCUAUCCCUGUCUCUCGAACUCGCUCUCUACAACAAGGAUGCCCAGGGUCCUACCUCUGAGGCAGCACCGCAGUCUCCCUGGGAUCUUGCCAGUCUUGUGUUGCCUCGCAUCUCUCGCCCACCUCUCGGUCGACACUCGAGUGGGAGAACGGAAAGCGGCGGGGAGAGGGACCAGGGGUCAGCCGAGAGACACCAGGACCCUGAUCCUGCUGGAUGUGAACAUCAGGAGCUCGGUUCGGACCGUGAGCGAGAACUUUCUGUCAAUCCAACUAGACCCAGCCGUGGUACAUAAUGGUUGGAUCGACUUCUUAAGCUCCAAAAGGCUGGUAACACUGGCUCGAGGCUUGGCACCAGCCUUCCUGUGGUUCGGUGGCAAAAGGACGGAUUUUCUACAGUUCCAGAACCAUCGGAAUCUGGCGAAGCACCGGGGAGAACUGGGACCAGAUUACUACCUGAAAAACUACGAAGACGACAUUGUCCGAAGUGACAUCGCCCUGGAUAAGCAGAAAGGCUGUAAAAUCGCCCAGCAUCCGGAUAUCAUGCUGGAAUUGCAGAGGGAGAAAGCUUCGCAGGUGCAGUUGGCUCUGACCAAAGAGCAAUUUUCCAACACCUACAGCAACAUCACAAUAACAGCCAGGUCUCUAGACAAACUCUACAACUUUGCCGAGUGCUCCGGCUUGCACCUGAUUCUUGGCUUGAAUGCCCUGCUGCGGAACCCAGACAACUCCUGGAACGGUUCCAGUGGCCUGAGUCUCCUGAAGUACUGUGCUGGCAAGAAGUAUAACAUAUCCUGGGAGCUUGGAAAUGAGCCCAACAGCUACCGGACGAUGGUGGGAAGGACCAUUAAUGGCAGCCAGCUGGGCAGGGACUAUAUCCAGUUCAAGAACUUGCUGCAGUCUGUGAGGUUCUACACGAAAGCCAGCCUGUAUGGCCCGAACAUUGGUAGGCCUCGGAGAAACACUGCGACCUUGCUGGACGGGUUCAUGAGAACAGCAGGGACAGUGGUCAGUGCAGUAACAUGGCAACAUUACUACAUUGAUGACCAGACCGCAAAUGUGGCUGAUUUUAUGAAAACCCGCUUGCUGGACACUUUGUCGGAUCAGAUUGCCAAGGUACACAGGGUGGUCAACUCUCAUGCACCAGGGAAAAAGGUGUGGCUUGGGGGAGUCGGGCCAGCAUGGGCUGGAGGAACUACCAAUCUUUCGGAUACCUACGCAGCAGGGUUUCUGUGGUUAAAUACAUUGGGAAUGUCAGCCAAGCAAGGGAUAGAUGUUGUGAUUCGUAAUUCCUUCUUUGACCAUGGAUAUAAUCACCUUGUGGAUCAGAACUUCAACCCCCUACCGGACUAUUGGCUUUCACUGCUUUACAAGCGGCUGGUGGGAACCAAAGUGCUCACUGUUCAAGUGGCAGGCCUGCAGAGGAAACAUAGGCCCGGGCGAGUGAUAAGGGACAAGCUGAGAAUCUACGCCCACUGUACACAUAUCCGCAAUCACAAUUAUCUGCGAGGAUCCAUUACUAUUUACAUCAUCAACCUCCACAGAUCAAGAAAGAAAAUAAAGCUGGCUGGAACACUAAGGGACAAGACUGUUCACCAGUACCUGUUUCAACCUUACGGAGUUCAGGGGUUGCAAGCAAAGUCUGUGCAGCUGAAUGGACGGCCGCUACUAAUGGUGGACGAUGAAACAUUUCCCGAACUAAAACCGCGAACUCUCCGAGCUGGAAGAAUUGUGGUAAUUCCCCCUCUCUCCAUUGGAUUCUAUGUGGUGAAGAAUGCCAACGCCCCAUCUUGCAAAUUCCGAUAGCCAGGAUGCACAGAGGCCUGGUCUUGAACAUUAAUGCAAAACAAAAACAGCUGACCAUUUCCAUUCCUGUCUGAAAGCAGGGCCUCAAAGCUCCCAGAAAGCUCAAAAUGUGAUGUCCCUGUCUUACACACCUCCUCCCCACACAGCGGCACCACCGCCCCACCACCUUCCCCCUCUCCCAUGAUUCUGCUCUUGCUUGACCCAUUGUUCUCUGCUUCAGGUAGCAGCUCAAAGGCUACAGCAAUUGUAAUCGUCUUCAAUGAAUGACCUUUCCUUUUAAAAAACAGCACCGUCAUCCCAGCAUGUUUACUGCUCAGGCAACUCGUGAAAGCUGAGCUGCGUUAUACAAUGCCUCAGGCACCUGCUGUGCAGAAGAGUUAUUUUUCUGGUCAGAUAAUACAAAUCAGACUCAAAUAUCCCUGGUAACCUGUUCAAAACAUCCAAUUAGUCACUCUUCUAUUGUCCAUCUGGUCUGUGUAAAUGGAAGAAAAUGUGUUUCCAUGUUUGCAAACUAACUUAUCACCAGCUCCCCUGAUGUUUCAACGUAGCAUUUCCUCUGUGUAUAACUGAGUAACCCAUGCCUGGAGCAUUCACAGUCUAUCUGUGCUGAUUAAGCUCAUCAUCCAAGCAACUGCUACUAGGCAGCUGCUCUGACUGGUCACAGGGACUCUUAGUUUGGGAGGUGUAAGGUUAGAAGCGAGAGCAAUGUUGAGCAAAUCACCUAUGAUACUGUGCCCAACUCCAUUUGACCACUUCUGGAAAGUUAUGUGCGUUAAUGAAGCCUGAUUUGGGGCAUGGCCAUGCAGUCUCGGUAACGAGGGUGACUAGCCAUAGAGUUGUCCCAUCACUGGGUUUGGUAGCACCAUCAGAUAGCACGGGCAGAAUUGCAACACAUAAGUAAUGUGACUAAGCAAUGUGUUUCUCUCAUUCAUAACCUCCUUAUUGUUCGCUGAAGGCAGUUUGUGGUACAGGAUCAUUCUCUUCAUUAAGCACUGGCACAAAUUCCAUCCGAGUAUCCAAUUGCUGUUUUCUUCCUUUCUUCUGGAUGUUGUUGAAUGAUACAAUUGCAGAAAAGGCCCAUUGUGUCUCUCUCUGUUUGUGAAUGCAGCCUGACCAAUGAACCUCACUGACCUGUCUUUUCCUAUAGCCUGAGAAUUCUUUCUUUGCGCUCUGUGAGGUAUUUGUACGCUACCCAAGUUCAAAGUAGAACAGCCAUUGAGAAUUCUACCCCCACCAUUCCCCUGCAUCAAUCCAUCCUCGUUUAAAAAUAAACCACCUACAAUAGAACACCCCACCGAAAGGGCAGAAUCCCAAUACAUUGCCAGUGAAUUUAUCAAUUAGGGCUGUGAUUUCCAUUCUGUUGUGUGGUGGGGGGCGUGGAAUACUUGAAUUGCUUUUUCCCUUCUAUUGUGAAAAUGUUCUUGUCAUCUCGCACCCACGGGGUAUUUACCAUAAGGGAUUUGCCUGCUGCAGUGAGUUAAAAAACUAUAUUAGUUAAACAAUUUGCACAGACCCACAAGAGCGUGUGUGACAAAGCUUUUGGGAGAGGCAAAUUGCCACAUAACUGGUUCGGGAGAGACCCGAAUGUCAGUCCAAAAUCAAUGGAAGGAGCUGCAAAGGCCGGGCUUCCUUUUCACACUCCUUUCUGAAGUGAAUAACUCAUUACCAGAACAUUUAUGUCGAGCUUAUUGUGACAGUCUGUCUUUAAAUCUCCAUCCCAUGCCAUCCCUCUGAUACCAUGCUGAUUCUAUUCCUUUCACACCAUUCCCAUCCCUUCUCCCAUUCCCUAUCUCCCAUGCCUUCCACCCGUUCCCUCACCUAUAACACCCCGCUACUGAAUCCUUACCUGAAAUAAAGAACCAUCUAGUAUUAAUAGACAGUUCCAAACAAAAGGGGGAUCAAUGGAAGGUUGACUCAAUAGUCCCUUCAGUAUGAAAACCUAAUUGACUGAAGGGCAGAAAGCGACGGACAUAUCUGAGAAGACUCUUUAUCAUCAGGAUGAAACGUAUGAACUUGGCUCAUCCCAAUCCUUCUGAAUCUACAUAACCUCUAGAGUUGAUAUUCCAAAGUUCAUAUCCCAGGUACUACAAAUGUCUACCCAUUAGCCCCAUUACCUUGUUUUGUAUUCCUUUGCAUUUUAGUAUUAUGCAGUAGUGAUAUACAACUAAUCACUUAAAUGUCAUGUUAAAUUGUCCAUCAGUACAAUGUAAUUAGCAGUACCAGAAACAGAAGAUAUUAACAACACUUAAUAUAUUUGAUGUCUUGCUUAUAAAAGUAUUUACUAAGAUGUUCAUAUAUCUUUGAAAGAUGAAGAAGCAUCAUAAGAUUAUAACUCAUAUACUUGUCUUAUCCAGGACUUUUUUAGCACUAUACCAUAUAGCAUGUUCUCGGAACUUUC